AUGUACGGAUACACGGCAGGCACUCCCUGCCCGGCGCCCUAUUCCUCCACGGGCAGCUAUUACAGCGGCUACGGCAGCCACUACGCGCCUUCCUACUUCGACGACAACAACACGACGGCAAACCUCGAAUACACAACCGAACUGAAGCCCCGCCAGGCCAAGCCGCGACGACCGAUGCGUGCCACACACAAGCCUGCCUUCAACCCCUCGCUCGACAUCUUCGAGGAUGUCGCGCAGGAGGAAGAGCAGCAACAAGCCGAGUUUGCGGUCAAGAGGAGGAGCCGCGCCAGCGUUGUUCCCGCAGCUGCGAGGACAAAGAAGAGCACCAUACUUGCGCACCCCGCGCAGAGGAUACCCAAGGCAGUCGCGCCUGCCCAGGAACCACAACCGGAGAAGCCGCAUCGGAGACGUGUCUCGCACGCACCUAGCGACAGGCAUGCGACGGAUGUCAAUGCGACUGUACGGCUACAAGAGGACGUUCUGGAGAGGAAGGAGCUCAAGAAGCAGGCCCCUAAGAAAGACCUGCGACGGAGAACCAUCUACAUACCGUCUGAUGACACGUCAGUCUUCACUAUCCACCCGGGACAGCCUACACACGCGUCGCGCAACGUCCGGGAGCCGUCACCAGACAUCGGACUGGAUCUGGUCACACUUUCCGAGGAGGAGGGAAACAACCUCAUGCCAGCGUUGAAGAGGGAGAAGAAGCUACCGCGCAAGUCUCUGGCUGCACCACCGAAGCGAGGUCCUCUGAGUACCGCAUCGCGCUCGUCACAGGGUUCGUCCUUCUCGAGUGACGUCGUGGGCUCAGGAGGAGGAAAAGAGAACCUUCCACCGGGAAUGGAGGCUGUCGAGAAGAAGAAGAACGGAGUACACAUCGAGAUCAACUUCACCAAGGCCGAUGCAAAGAAGCCCGACGCAAAAGCACCCAAAGUACAUUUCAACGCCCCGAAAGAGCCCGAACGGAUACUACAUACCAAGAAGAGGCCCGAGGGUUCCCAGAAACGACCACGGUCGCACGUGGCUCAAGACGAUGCACCAGCAAAGGCGCUCAAGGCAAGAGCAGAUGGCACCGCCUCUGCCGCAACAAGCAGGGCAUCUUUGAGGACGACGAUCAAGACCGAACGAGCGAAAUUGGCGAAGGCGAAGCGCGCACCAUUAUCUUCCUCGCCCUUCCACACCGACAAGUCUCCACCCACAGCUCUGCGUCGUCAGAAGACUGGAAGUGUCGCGAGCAGUAUUACCAUGCUGCACGAAGUGGGCCAGCGACCGCAAUCAAGAGAGAAGUACCCAGUACUGCAAGAGGAUCUGGCUCAGCCGGAAUUGUACGAGGACAACUGGCUCACCUACCAGGAAGUCGCCAUCACCCAGCUUCUCAACUCCGUGUUUGACUCGGCGGCCAGGGACCCGAGCGCGGAACAGAGUCCGGAGGAGAUGCGCAAGAAGAUGCUUGCCAUUUACCACGAUCCCGCAAUGCCAUCACUCCACAAGCGACUACAGGCUUCGCUUCAGUUCGGCGCACUCAGCAUACCGAAGGACCUCCUCGCUCAGACACUUAGACUCAAGGACGACGUCGGACUGCGCAAGAAGUUCCUCAACCUGUGGACGAAGUCAUACGAUCUAAACGCACUACGUGCCGCGGCUGAGACUAUUGUCGGUCGCCAAAUUACAACGCCCUGCCGACUGUCCACAGGCUCCACGUGCUCAGAUGAUGGCUCUCGCCAGUAUCGCGCGGAGCGCCGGGCGAUCGAAAGCUUCCUGUCCGCUUUUCUCAUCAAGAACGAGGACGCUGUCCGGGUCAAAUCCGGAGGUGGUAGCAUUGCAAGCCUCACACGCGGCGAUGAUGACUUUGGCUCCCAAGGCUGGUCGUGGCGGCGAACUGCACUGCGAAGUCUGAUGCUGGUUCUCAUCCUCGACCAAGCGAAGACAACGGACGCUCUGCCAGGCUGCCUUUUCCAGACAACGUCAUCAUACAAGACGUCUGUGGAGGUCCUCCAUCAGCUAUCGAAGAUGCUGCUACCUUCGCACGGCGACAUUACUCGGCCCCUAAACCACCUCAACUACAAGGUCGAACAUGUUCAGUAUCCACUACAGGAGUACACCUAUCAGAUCGACAACAUCGCCAUCGACCUCCGUGAUGGCAUCGUGCUCACUCGUCUUGUAGAGCUACUACUCUACCCGUCUACCACUCUUGGAACACAGCAGGACGACACCGUCACUCUUAGCCUGCCCAGCGGUGAGCUUCUCAACAGCUCCCUCGACCCUUCGCAGAAGGACACCUGGAUCCUUUCCCAACACCUCAAAUACCCGGCCAUUGGCCGUCCCCAAAAGGUCUACAACGUCCAGAUCGCCCUGGCUGCAUUGAGCAACGUACCAGGUAUGCCUAGCGCAGCAGUCAGCGGCAUCCGAGCCGAAGAUAUCGUCGACGGACAUCGCGAGAAGACGCUUUCGCUUCUCUGGUCCCUUGUCGGCAAGUGUGGGCUUGGAAGUCUUGUCGACUGGCCGCAACUGGUCAAGGAGACGGAGCGCUUCCGCAACCAGUGGUACAGAGCCCGAGACAGCUACGAGGGACGAGUCCUCGAUUCUGAGAACGAAGAGGAAGAGACAUCUGAGCUGGACGGCAUGGCAUACCACAAGCGUCUUCUUCUUUCUUGGUCCCGCUCCAUUGCUCGUCUCCAUGGCUUGCGCGUCGCAAACUUGACAACGAGCUUCGCGGAUCCAAAGGUCCUAGAGGUCAUUGUCGACACUUACUUGCCCUCAAACCUGACCAUCUCCACUGAAGGAACCGGACGUCUUGGUUUGGCAGCAAAGCUCAAGGCUGUCGGCUGCUCAACCUCAUUCAUUGCGCUCUUCACGCCGCAGCACAACACCACUCGUUCCAUCCCAAGCCGAGACUUCACCCUCCUCACACUGUCCUUCCUGGCUAGUCGCUUAUUGCCACUUGCUCGUACACACCGCGCCGCGUCAACCAUCCAGUCAGCUGUCCGUUGUUUCCUACUUCGUCGCCAGAUCAGCACGCGCAUCCAAGCCAUGAAGAUAGCGCAUGACUGCGCUGUAGUAGCACAGGCUCGACAGAAGAUGGUGGAUGCCGCCACAGUUAUUCAACGACGUUGGAAGGCAAUCCAAGAUGCCCGUCGUCAACAACUGGAAAGCGAUGUCCUGGCUUUCCAGGCCUUGGCCAGAGGCUGGGCCAUCAGGCGAUGGGUCCGACGUAUCACCGCUGGCCGCGUUGGCGGAAAGGAGAAGGUCAGGAGGGUCAGGGGUGGAUGGUAG